UAAAAAUUUCAACAAUCUAAAUACAAUUCACACACACCAACUUGAUCAUAGACCUAAUUCCAUGGCUCAGAUAAGCUCUCUCUCUGCAGAAACUGAGACACUGAGCCAAGUCCUAGGCCUGGUAGAAGCAUUCAAAGCCUUUGAUGCAGACAAUGAUGGGAAGAUCAAUGCUGCAGAGCUUGGAGGGAUUUUGGGGUCACUUGGGUAUCAGGCAAGUGAGCAAGAUGUGAGGGCAAUGAUGCAGCAAGGGGACACAAACAGAGAUGGGUUUCUGAGCAUAGAGGAGUUCUUGGGCAUGAACACAAAGAACUUGGAAUUUGGGGGGCUUGAAAAUGUCCUCAAGAAUGCUUUUGAAGCCUUGGAUGUUGAUGGGGACGAGGUUGUGACUGCUGAGGAGCUUUAUGAGGUUGUGGGGGAUGAUUUGGGUUAUGAGUUGUCUCUUGAAGACUGUCAGGGGAUUAUUGCUUCAAUUGAUAUAGAUGGAGAUGGGGCUGUUAGCUUUGAGGACUUCAAACUAAUAGUCAAUUCCCUCUGAUGUGUUUGGUCAAUAUAAUUAUGCAGCUAUACAUGUGAACUUUUAUACCAGUGAAGUACCUCCAAUCCUUCUGAAAUAAAUUCUACUAUUUCUCUACAAA